UUCGUUUCAAAUAAAUAAGGCAUAGUCAUCAACCCUAGCACAUUACACGAAGAGGCAAUCCAUUAGUGCAUCUUUUGUAAGAAUUGCCCUCACUCAAUCGGUUUUGGCUUCAAGUUACUCUGAUUCGGUUGUACGUAACAAAAAGCCUCAUCCUGUGUAAUCGCAAUUUACUAUAUAUCAAGCUCUCAAAAUGAUGAAAGGAUUCAAACAAAGAUUCAGGUCUAAAGCCGGAUCUGCCAAGGGAGAAAAGAAGAAGGAUAAAAAGGAAGAAAUCAAUAAGAAGCCGGAAAAACAAAAGUCCUCAAGUUCGCUGUCAAGUUCCACUUCUUCCAGCAUAGGAGCAAUUCCGCUGAAAAAAUCCCAAUCCGGGUCUUCAGAACAGUCGUCGAUACAUUCGGCAGUAGACAACUCUUUGGCAGGUUCCCCUUCUUCAACAUCAUCCAGCAAGUCGGUCUUGCAAUCCCAAGCUCCACAGAUACAAACACCAACACCUGUCACAGCCUCUGGAUCGACUAGAGGCGACGAUGUUGUGUCUCCAGAACUAGAAAUAUCCAAAUUGCAUACAUCUCACCAUUCACUGGCUUUCGACAAGAUUCCGAAAGAUGAUAUCGGUUUGAAACCUAAGACCCCUCAAAGACAUUCCUCUUCAAGAUUUGAGCCAACCGUUGACCAACGACCUUUCGAAAAAUUGGCAAGUUUCGAUGAAGUUGAUCCAGAGUACCAUGUUGAACUUUUCAUUCAAAAGGUUGACCAGUGUAAGAUUAUGUUCGACUUCUACGACCCUUCCUCCGAUAUACAAGGCAAAGAAUUGAAAAGGCUUACUUUACACGAGUUAACGUCUUUCAUAAGUACUACGAGAAUGACAUUCACCCCAGAGAUGUACGAGCAUGUUGUCGACAUGUUUAAGAUCAACAUUUUUAGGCCUAUACCUCCUCCUGUGAAUCCUGUCGGGGAGAUAUAUGACCCUGACGAAGAUGAACCCGUGUAUGAGCUUGCCUGGCCUCAUAUGCAAAUGGUGUAUGAGUUCUUCCUAAGGUUCGUGGAAAGUCCGGAUUUCAACAACUCAGUUGCUAAACCUUACAUUGAUCACAAAUUUGUGCUCACUUUGCUUGAGUUGUUUGAUAGCGAGGACAAUAGAGAAAGAGACUGCCUAAAAACUACUUUGCACAGAAUAUAUGGAAAGUUUUUGAGCCUGAGAUCAUUUAUCAGGAAGUCUAUAAGCAACAUAUUCCUCAACUUUGUUUACGAGACUGGCAGGUUCAACGGAAUAUCUGAGUUGCUGGAAAUUUUAGGCUCCAUCAUUAACGGAUUCGCUCUUCCAUUGAAAGAGGAGCAUAAAGUCUUCUUGAUUAGAGUUUUGAUACCUUUGCAUAAGGCCAGGUGCUUGUCUUUAUACCAUCCCCAGCUGGCUUAUUGUAUUUUGCAGUUUCUGGAAAAGGAUCCCAGUUUGACCGAGGAGGUGAUCAUGGGAUUAUUACGCUACUGGCCAAAGAUUAACUCUCCUAAGGAACUGAUGUUUUUGAACGAGAUUGAAGACAUUUUUGAGAUAAUUGACUCUCAGGAAUUCCAGAGGAUUGAAAUCCCUCUUUUUGCUCAACUAGCAAAAUGCAUAUCAUCGCCUCAUUUCCAGGUCAGCGAAAAAGUGCUUUGUUAUUUUAAUAACGAGUACUUCGUUUCACUUGUCACUGAAAAUGCAGAGAGUAUUCUGCCCAUUAUUUUCCCUGCCUUAUUUGAUCUGGCCCAACCAGAACUGGAUGCAAUCGAGCAACAACAACAACCGUCUAUGGACUUCAAUUAUGACGAACCCAACAAUUGGAAUCGUACAAUCUCAUCCCUUGCCUACAACGCUCUUAAAAUUUUCAUGGAUACUAACCCAAUCGUUUAUGAUAGAUGUUGUAUAUUAUAUGAGGAGCAGACCAAAGAAGAGAAGAACCAGAAGGAUUUGAGGCAACAGCAUUGGAAGAAAUUGGAAACAUACGUGGAGAAAUUGAAGCUAGGGGAGGACGAAGAACUGAAAAGUGUUCAAAUAAAGUGACUCGAUUAAUAUUCAUUACACAAUGAUCAUGCAUUUGUUUUAUAUUCUCUCAAAAUGACUGGCACAGAGGAUGGUGGUAGAGCGCCUAGCUCCGUAAUGACUUUCUGAAUAUAUUCUGGAGGGGUCAGAUCAUAUAAAACAUUCAGGAUAUUGAGAGGUUUAAGCUCUUUCCAGUUGUUCAGCACGGGCGAUUCACUAUCUGCUAGCUGAAGUUCCUUUUUUUCCUUCUUGGUACCUUGCUGCUGUGGCUUCUUGGGCUCCUUGUUCUGCAAGGAGAUCAAAAAUUGAUUCAAAUUCGAUCCCGUUUUCACGAAUGGUUUGGUAUUGAUGACAUCUUCCGAAUCACCGAGCUCAUUGAGAGUAACAGAAUCCAACUGAACCUUAUCGCUGAACUUCAUGGAUUCGCAGCACACCAACACAGGAAUAUUCUUAUUCUUAGACGCCAUCGCAAUCAUAGCAGUUCCGACGCGUGAAUACAGUCUGCCGUUGGAGAGCAUCGAGUGAGCACCUAGGAAACAAAAGUCUAUGUCAGAUCUUUCUAAUAUCGUGGAUAACGAGUUGAUAAGAUUAUAGUGACAUUUGAUAUUCGGAACAGCAGAUAAUUCUCUGGCCAAUUUCUUACCCUCGAAUAAAGGUUUUGAGUCGAUGAUGUAAAUAUCAAAGGACUUGUUUUCCUCCACAGCGCAGUAUUUGAACAGCUUUUUUAGCACCUCCGAAUGUCCAUAGGUAAGAAGUUUUGAGCCGUCAUGGAUGUGAGUGGAUGCAAAUUGGGUGAUAACCUUAUCCGAGUAGAGAAUUUUUUCUUGGAUGUAGAGAUCAAUUUCUUCGAUUACCUGGUUUUUGGCAACCUCAUCGCUCAAGUCAAUGGGUAUAAUGGAGAUCCGCUGUUUGAGCCAUCUGAUUGCAUUUCCCAUUGAAAUACUGAGAGGCCUGCCUGUCUUCAAAUACUCAAUUUGAUGAGACAGGUGAGACGUGAGAUUUCGCUGCAGCGAAGCAUUGUCUGGAGUUUGGUAUGAUAAAAUAACGUCCUUAAAUGCCUCAAGCAUGGCCUGGCAGCGGGCAGUGGAGCCCACGAUUUUGUAGGUAGAGAUUUUAAGCGUGAGUGCCAGGAUUUUCGGAUGAACAAUACUAGCUAUCUGGGGAGACGAAGAAAUACGCUGUUCUCUGGUCUCCAGGUGUCCAAACAUCGUAGGCACUUUACGGUCGGACUCAAUGAUUUUGGCGGAAUUCAGCUGCUUUUUGAUGUGUGUGGCUGUUGGAGGUUUACCAUUAGAAUCUUUUGACUCUUUCUGUUUUGUCGACGCGGACUCAGAACCGGAGGAGCCACCUUUGGCAGCCGCACGCUUGGCGGCCUUUUCUUUCUUUUUGAGCUCUUUGAGCUCCUUAUUAGAAAGCUGUUUAUCUGCAGGAGUGGACACAGGAACAGAAGUAGGUUCAGACAUGGGUGAAAAGAGAUUU